GUCCUCAUCCAUUUUUGGUGUCGCUGCAGCCCGGAGACCACCUAGCUCGGCUUCUUCGCUGCAGUCCCGCACCACAGCCUGGAGCUCUUCCGUACACACCGUCCCGCUCUGCUCGUUAAACAAACUAACCACGUCCAGGAGUUUUUUUCGUCGGCGCCCCCCCCUAUUUCCCCUCACUCGCACUCGCCGGUAUUGCCGCCUCCGCGCCACAUUGUUUUUUUUUUGUGUGUGUUGCAAAAGAGGAGGGGCGACUGAAGGAGACAGGACAACCGACCGAGGAGUCGUCGGCUCGCCAGCGAACAACAAGCCGUGCCGUGGCCAACACAACAACACACGCAACAACUCGCCGGCUCCUUCCUCCCAUUCACGUCCAAACCCAAAGGACUUACAUUUAAAUAAAAACAAAUAACAAGAGUCGCGUCAGUUCGAGGAAGAAGGAAGGACGAGCUUUUCAAAAUAAAAAAAAAACGACUGACGAAAAAUCGGAGGAAGAUCGUGUGACAACGCCAUUAUCGAUGCCGCGUUCUAAGGGCUACAAGCGGUCACUAGCCUCCAGGAUAAUGAUGGCAGAGCGGCGGGCAUUGACCCCCAUGCCUCCUGUCUCCGAGUUCGUCGCUCGGCGCGGCACUGGGUGCCGCCACCGCGUGCGAAGGUGGCCGACUUCGUACCUGACUGGCCGUCAGGUGAAGUUUAUCCCUCCAACUUUCGACCCGGAGAAGAAGACUGUCUUCGUCAUUGGCGACUCCCACCUGAGGGGCCUGGUAGAUGGGGACGUCGCCAUACCCGAGGUACCUCUCUCUUUAUCUUUUCUGUCUGUUCCAGGUGGAGUUGCACCUGACCUGAAGACAGAGUUGCAGCGCCUGCAGUUCCCGUGGACCCCGGAUGUCGUCUGCGUGCUGGCCCCGAGCAAUUACCUGGACCGUGGGACCAUCUGCGAUGCUGCGGUGGAGUUCGGCGCGCUCCUGACCAGCGUCCGCAGCCGCUGGGCCAAGGUAUUUGUUCUGGACUUCCCCCCGCGUCUGAACAAACCUGUGGGCCUGCAGGAUCUGCUGCGUCAGGAGUACCAUGGCGUCGCAGCACGCAUGGGUCUCCCAUUCGUGGCUGUGACCAGUGGCUUCCUGCUGGAUCGGUUGGAGCUGUGGUGCUCUGACGGCGUGCACCUUAGCGACACAGGUGGCUCGCCCAUCCUGGUGGAGCUGUUGUGCGACGCUGCGCUAACCCAGUUCGCACACGACCCCCCUGCGCCUCCUUCCCCUCCUCGGACGUCGCCACCUGCCCGGGUGACGGGGCCGGACCCCCUGCCCCGUCGCCGCCAGGAUCCCCGGAGGUGGACCAGGGUUGGACAGGAGGGAAAGGAGGACCAAACCAAGCCAGAAGACAAAGCUAGCGAUUCCAGCGAGAGCUCCAUUAAAGAAUCAGAUUCUUCUUUGCCCCCGGCAUCUGACUGGGUCGUCCCGAUGGAGACAGACUCUCCUCCAAAGGCCACAUCCCCGAUCCAGUCUUCUGAAUCUUUGACUUCCGAUUCCUCCGCUCCUUCCUCUCGUUCCUCUCCUUCCUUUCCUUCUUCCACUAUGGAUAUAAAGGCGGAUGCAAAACAGGAGGCCAAAUGCAACCUAGAGACCAAGAAAAGCCUGUUAAAAGAGGAGAAGAAUGAUGUCAUCUUUGUGAAAGUGGACACCGAAAAGGAGAAAGUGGAAGUUGAGCAGACGUCUGAGCCAUCUCGCCCAUCGUCUACUCCACCGUCUAAUACAUCGUCGCACGAGAAUAAUUCUUCUUCCGGACUCAAGCGCACUUUAUCAGAGGGCUUCGACAACGACGGGCAGGCUGUGAAAAGAGAGGGGAAGAGACCAAAGGUGGAACGAGGAGAGUUGGAGGCUGAACUGGAACUCAAAAUAACGGCCAAAGCCGGCAGUCACCACGAGCUCGAGAAGAUUGUCCAGCAAUUAGUGGAGGAACGGUUGAGGGUCAUCGAGAUGUCCAUUUAUGAGAAGAAUUUCCAGGAACUGAAGGGCAGAGUUGACAAGAUCGACUGUGCCACUAAACACCAGACGGCCAUCCACACUCUCCAGGCCAAGAUAGCGCGACUGUCCAAAAAGUUUGGCGAGGUUAAUCAGGCGUCAGAGAACAAAAGGAAACAAGAGGCGCUUGCUGCUGCCGCCUCCGCCAAGGCGUCCCUCGCAACCACCCCUCAAAUUACACGGCCAGUCGUCCGGGCAUCCAUGGAACUCAAGCAGCAUUCAGGGACAACCGUUAAUAUUCCCCACAUCACUGGAAAACCCGCCCCGCCUGCUCCAGUGUCCACCUCUACAACCAUUGUCUCAGAGGCCCUCAUCAUUAAACUUACCACCUCCACCUCCAAUGUGGUCUCCACCUUGGCCCCUGGCAUCACCACUCAGACCUCUCCAGGCACCCUACUGCUGAAGACCGGCCCUGGGAGCAACAUGAUGGCCCCUGGCCAGCGACUCCGCAUAAAGCUCCCACUGUCCAUGGCCAACGGCCAGACUGGAACCUUGGUCAACAUCCCGGUGUCUUCUCUGUCUGCGGCCAGCUCGCUCAACAAGCCCAAAACCGCCACUUUCAUCGUCAAGCUGGCUCGUGCCACCACCACUUCUGCAGCCUCCAUCCCAGGCGCCAUCACCGUGUCGGCACUCCAGGAUCCACCUGUUCAGAAGACCACGGGUCAGCUUUCGCUGGCCCGGGCGGUGUAUCAAGGCGGCGCCGGGGGGAUCACGACCCAAAGCGCAGGCGUGUCCGUGACCACAGCGAGGUCUGUGGCUCAGCCCGUGUCUGUAGCUGGAGCCAUGUCCACGGUCUCCUCAUCUGCUACUUCUGGUCCAGCGGCAACAGGAUCAGCAGCUCCAGGACCCCCUCAAGGAACAUCUUUGACACCAGAUAACUUCGCCACAGGAUUCACCCCGCCCAAAGCUCCUGUAGCAUCCGUGGCUACACCUGUAGCUACCACCCCUGUAGCACUUCCCAAAGGCUCAGUCAUUGACCUGACUGAGGACUACGACGACGUGAUGGACAACCUCGCCACAGGAUUCACCCCGUCCAAAGCUCCUGUAGCCUCCGUGGCUACACCCGUAGCUACUACCCCUGUAGCACGUCCCAAAGGCUCAGUCAUUGACCUGACUGAGGACGAUGACGACGUGAUGGUGACCAGAGUGACUGCGGCCACGGUCCCAGCCCCCUCGGCCAGCCAGCGUCAGCACACAGUCAGCGUUCCAAGCAGUUCCGGUGCCAGGUCUUCCCCACAGAGCAGCCAGAACACCUCCAGCAGCAACCCGUCAGGGAACACCCGCCCCCAGCUGGUCACUUGCCCUUCCUCCCGUUUCACUGGUCUGAUGUCUCUCCUGAUUGCCUGAUUGUGCCCACCUGUGUCACCCUCCCUCAUGUGUAUAAAUGUCUCGUCCUUUUCUUGUGUCAGAGUAUAUCGUCUCGCUACGUGCCGCCAGCCUUGUCCACAGCCUUGUACCACGUUUGAUAAGCAUUGUCUCGCUUUAUUUAUUGAUUUCUUUGUUUCUUCUGAGAGAGUGAUUUUCUGUUGCGAAAGUUUUUGGGUCUAGUCUUUUGUAUCUAUUCCAUAAUGUCUCGGCUUCCUAUUUCCUCCUUCUGGAGCGCGUUUAGUUUGCUUGCUUCUCGACUCCUUUGCAUGAUUGAUUAUCCGUUUUGUGGAUAAUUGUAGAUUGUUGGGUUUUUGUUAUUAGAGUCAUGUAGAAUUUUUUUUUGCUAUAUCCUUUUUCCUCCUUAUGGAGUGAUGUUCUGUUUAUUGCCUUAUGCCCUUUGCAACAUUUCCUUUGUUCUUCAAAUAUAUCAUAGAUUUUGUAGCCACUUUGUUUAGAUCACUCUGUCCUAGAGAUAGCAAAGAAAACUAAUUAAAUAAAGUCUGAGUCAAUUGUCA